AAAAAAUAAAAAAAUGGAAUAUACAUUGGAAGAUGCUUUUGAAAGUUUGAAAGAUACUUUGACAGAACGACAAAAAGAAGUGGAAAACUUGUGUGAUAUAAUUAUGAAUAAUAAACCAAUUGCUUUGAAUAAGACUUGCACUUCAGAAGAUGUGAGAAAAAAGCAAUAUAAAUUAUCUAAAAGUUUAUUGAAUAAAGUUCUUCAGGAAAUACCAAAAGAUUUUCCGAUUCCUCAUACAUCUGAUUUGCAUAUUGAAAUUCUAACAGAACUUGAAAAUGAAGUGCUAAAUGCUCAACAACUUCUUGACAAAAUGAAGACGCAACUUUCGAAUAUUAAUGAAGAUAUAUCUUAUUUAGAAAAGAAGAAAAUGGGUUCGGAAAAAAUGCGAGAAGCCCUUUUGAGUGCAGAACAAUUGACAGAUACUACAACUUAUGAUAAAGAACAUGUAAUAACUAAACGCAUGUUCAAAAAUGUAAAAAAGGAUUUGCAUAUGGUAGUAGAAAUGUUGUUCCCAGAAAAUCAACAUUUCAAAGACUGUUUAGGGAACUUGACAUCAGCAUAUACAAAAGGAGGAGAUGAAAUGUAUAUAUCUAUUACACCAGAAACUCUAGUGUUUAUGAAUUUCCUGAUUGAGGCUGGUAUAAUUAUGUAUCAUAGAAAUGAUAAAACUAGAGUGAGACUAAUGGAUAUGUUAUAAGUAUAAUUAAAAUAUACAGAAUGUAAAUAGAUUCAUGAAAUAUUUUUGGAAGAUUGAUCCUAAAUAUUCUAAAACAUUUAAGAUAUAACAAAAAUAUCAAUUAAGAUUUUAUUAAGUUAUAAAUAAUUAAAAUUUAAGACAUGAAACAAUCUUUAUCAUAUUGUCAUUUCUUUUUAUUUUUGCUUUGGUUCAUUUACAUAAAUUAAUUAUAACUUAAUAAAUAAAUCUCAAUAUUUUUGUAUACUACUUUUGACUUCUUUUUGAUUUCUAAAAUCAAUUUUUCAAAAAUUUCUCAUGAAUAUUAAUAUUGAAUACAUCAGUUUUAUAUUAUUUUUAAAUAAAAUUUUGAUUAUUAAAGCUAAAUGUUGAAGAUUAGAAAAAAAAUGUAUAUAUAAUAAAUAGCUUGAUAAUAA